AUGAGCCCCACCACCUGCACCCUGCGGAAACACAAGACCAAUCGGAAGCCAAGAACCCCCUUUACCACGUCCCAGCUCCUCGCUCUGGAGCGCAAGUUCCGCCAGAAACAGUACCUCUCCAUUGCAGAGCGCGCAGAGUUCUCCAGCUCUCUGAACCUCACAGAGACCCAGGUCAAAAUCUGGUUCCAGAACCGAAGGGCCAAGGCAAAAAGACUGCAGGAGGCAGAACUGGAGAAGCUGAAAAUGGCUGCAAAACCUAUGCUGCCCUCUGGCUUCAGCCUCCCUUUCCCCAUCAACUCACCCCUGCAAGCAGCAUCCAUAUACGGAGCGUCCUACCCCUUCCAUAGACCUGUCCUCCCCAUCCCGCCUGUUGGACUCUAUGCGACUCCAGUCGGAUACGGCAUGUACCAUCUAUCCUAA